CUCCUAACACCACUACCAUGCCGCGCUGGCCACAUUACCGUCACCCCGCCACAGGGGCCUGACCCCCCUGACCCCCCCGCCUCCCGUUCAUAACGGACGUUACGUGGAGGAUAUUAACGCAUUUUUUAUACUUGGCCACCCCAGGGCCCGUGUAUUGUAAUCCAGAUCCAUCGCUUGCCGAGGCCCCAGAAGAUCGAUCCCAUAGGCGGUGGUGAUGAACAAAUCCCCGCCUCGCAUUCGUGCGCCAGGGCCACCAAGAAAGCGGCGCAUGGCGAAGGGCCGGUCCCUGGGAAGGAUUCGCCGGGCCCGAGGGGCCCGCGCUACACGAGAGGGCCGUGGCGCCGGGCGCCGAGGACCGUCAUGGUCUUGGGCGGCGUGAUCGUCCUGCGCCGUUCCAAGGUGGAGCACGAGUACGAGCGGCUGCGGGCGCCGCAGCAGCUCGCGUACCGCGCCCUGCACCCCGUCUGCCAGGCGGUCCGGCCCGCGGAGGGCGGGGCCGCGCCCGCGGCCGGCGGGUCGCCUCCGGGCGCCUGCUCCGUCCGGCGGAGGGGGAGCGCCGGCGGCGCGGAGCCCGAGCCCCUGGCGGAGGCCGAUGGCCCCCUGCAGCUCUCCGCGCAGCAGCACCGCGGCGUUCGGGGCAGAAGAGAGGGCAUGGGCGGAAGCUCUCGGAGGUCCGCGCGGGUGUUUCGGGUCGGCGCUGGGGCCCCCCUGGCAGCGCCUCCGGCGCCGCCCCCUGGCGCUCUCCGCUCUCCAGGGAGGGGGUCCAGCGACCCGCGCCGAGCCAACAAGUUCGCUUGGAGCUCCGACAGUUUAUGCUUUUCUGCCGCUUGCUGUUCCUCCAGACAUCUGGGACGUCAACGGGCUGCACUACUGCGACGACGCGGCCGUGCAGACCAACCGGGUCCUUCACCUGGGCGUCUGCCCCGCCCUGCUGAGCAUUUUCGUGGGAUGCGCCUGGGCACGUUACUUUGAUUCCUCGUAUGUUCGGUCGGUGCUCGGGGCCGCCGUGCUCUUCUUCACCAUGCUGGGCCCCGUGACGGCGCGGAUCCUGUAUUUUGGCUCCCAGGGCAUCUUCCUGCAGGCGUCGCGGCUGAAUCAUAGCUGCGCGCCCAACGCGGAGUGGCUCAUCGACGGCCAGCGGGCUCCUCUGGGAGGGCCAGCCUGGGGCCUCCCGGGCGACGAGGGGGCGGCGCAGCGCGCCGGCGUGGCCGCCUCGUCGUUGUCGCUGUCCCUCCGGGCGAAGAGGGACGUCGGGGCCGGAGAGGAGAUCACCAUCGACGCGCGUCGCUUCGCGCAAGCACGGUCAGGCAGGGGCCUGAGGCGUGUUCAGCAACGGCUCGCGGGGCGCGCCUCUCGGCUCCUGGAAUACGGCUUCUGGUGCUCAUGCGAGCUGUGCGCCGCGGCGGUUGGGCGUGCCGCCGAGGUCGACGAGCAGGAGGAGGAGGAGUAGCGAACAAAAUAUUAGCCACGGAAGUGGACGAGGA